AUGAAUGAAAGACCGGAAUUUUUAAGAGUGAAAAGAAGGAGAGACGAUGAUUCUGUACAGGCACUAUUACUGGAGGAAGAAAGUAAGAAGAAGAAUAAGAGGGCCAAAUAUGUGUUUAAGCUAACAAAAACACUUAAUGAUAAUAUUUAUGCAGGUGAGGAAGAACUCUAUAGUCCACUGUUGAAAUUGUCAAAUCACGGGGAUCAUCGACAUUUCAUUUUAGAACAGCACCUAAAGAAGGGAAAAGAGAUAUUAAGGGAUAAUACGGAACAAAGCACUGUGCAGGAACAGAAGCAAUUUUUACCGAACUAUGAUACAUCUUCUCAAAACCUACCCCCAGAGAUUGCUAAAAUGGUCGAUAGCUACUUGCAGAUCACUGAAGAAAAGUCCAAAACGGAUGGUGAGAUAAAGAAGAAACCCAGUAAGAAGCAUUUUCACACAGCCGUGGCUAAGUUGCCUAGUUUAGAUUACGUUUAUGACGUGUACAAACUGGAAGAAAUUCCUGAAGAUGAAAUAUCCUCAUAUCCUAUUGAUAAUAUUGGUUUUGUGAAAAUUGUCAAUAAAAACAUGGACCUGAUCCCGGACGCUGAAUCCGACGGGGAAUUGUUACGGUCUGAUGACGAGGAUUCCAAUGACGAGAAUUACUAUAGAAACGAUUAUCCAGAGGAUGAAGAUGAUGAUAGAUCAGUCCUCUUCGAUUAUGCUGGCGAGGAGGAAGCCGCGGAGGAAGAUGAGGAAGAACAGGAAGUCAAAGCUGAAAUCGAAGCAGCUUCUAUCACAAACUGGGAUGAAAGGAAGGGUGGGUUAAAUACCUCUCAGAAUGCCGAAACGUUGGUACAAAAUGACCCGUAUGAUGCUCUUUUUAGGAAGCUAGAAGGAAGUGAGAAUAUUUUGGAAUCACUGAGUAACCACCACGUCAUCGAUAUGGAUGCUUCAAGUUUCGAUUAUAUGUAUGAUGAGCAAGAGGAAAUAAUGGACGAUACGGAUGAAAACAAUGUCAGCCAGCAUGGCAAUGAAGAACCCAAUUCAAGGAAUGAAUUUUUCCCUAGUGAUAUAGACGAUCCGCUUGCCCAACAUCGAGAUAAAAUUUUUGGAGACCUACAAAGAAUGAUUGAUGAAAAGAAAUGA